AUGACGACCAUCGCGACACUGUCUAUAACCAUCACCACAUUACUCGUACUCUUGUGGUGCCAAACCGCACCAGAUGGGAGUCGAGCGCCGUUCGGCUCGAUACUAUCAAUACUGAGCACGCCAGCACCACAGCAUGAGCUUUUUGGCAUACGGGGCUUCGCCAGCGACGUCGAGGUGGCCUUCAUCGAUAUCCACUUUGACCAGACCAGAGACGAGCAAUCGAUACCACUAGUCCAAGGCCUCGGCAGCAACAUGGCACCAUUCACCACCUUCCAGCUCGCCAGUGCACCUAUGACGAACAGCUCCCUCUCACCAGAGGCAUACAUCAGCAAGCAUGUAGGCACGAGACACCGCGUCACCGCAAAGAUCCCCCAAAUCACCAGGCCCGUCGACGCAUCCCACAUGAUCUUUGGCCUGUCGACAUCCCUCGGCCGCAUCCCCGAGACCAUCCGCAACCUCAAGCACUGGGCGGCCCACACGAAUGCGCGCUUCCUCAUCGUCGUCGCGCCUCACAACCCUGCCGCCUCCUCGCCUGCCGAGCCGACCAUCCCCGAAGCGGAGGCCCUCUUUGCCGCCGCGGGGAUCCCGCACGUCACCUUCCUCGAGACCGCGGACGACUGGAUCGACGCAUACAUCGGGCUCAUCGCGCCGCUGCACGCGGCCGUGGAGCCCGGCCUGACACGCUGGGUCGCCUGGAUCGACGACGACACCUUUUUCCCGCGGCUCUCGGCGCUCACGGCCGCGCUGGACUCGCGCUUCGACCCCUCGAGGCCGCAGUACGUGGGCCAGCUGUCCGAGUACUUCCCGCACACUGCGGGCGGGGGCAUGAUCGCCUUCGGCGGCGCGGGCAUCUUCGUCUCGGUGCCCUUACUCGAGCAGAUUGCGCCGCACGCGGGCGUGUGCUACAAGCACCGCCGCAAGGGCGCAUACACGGGCGGCGACUUCCGUCUCGCGGACUGCAUACACCGGUACACCGCCACCAAGCUGAGCGUGCUGCAAGGGUUGAGCCAGCUGAGCCUCAAGGGGGACGCGAGCGGGUUCUACGAGGCCGAGAGGGAGCAGCCGCUCAGCGUGCACCACUGGAAGAGCUGGCACCACGUCGAUGUGCCGGGCGUGGCGCGGGUCGCCGAGGUCUGUGGCGACGCGUGCGUGCUGCAGCAUUUCAGGCUGGGUGGCGGGGGUUGGGCGAUGACGAAUGGGUUCUCGAUUGUCAAGCACGGCGCAGGGUACGGGAGGUUGAUGAGGGAUGACGAGUUUGACAAGCUGGAACAGGAGGAGGAGAAGGCCGGUACUGAUGUCGAGGUCAGCGGGGUCAUGGAGAAGACCUGGGACACGUCGCGCUGGGAUGCCGCUGACGCGUGGGAGUUCUCACUCGCGCCGCUGGCCGACAAGGACGCGGGCAAGAAGCAGUAUCUCAUGGAGAAGAUGGACCGGGACGACGAGGGCAACAUGGUUGUGGACUACGUUCUGAGGGAGCGUGGGGUGGGCAGGGGGCUGAUCAGGGUCCGGUUGAUGGCUGCUUGA